AUGCAUAGACUUACUCUGACUUUACUUUUCUGGGGUAGCUGUGCCUGGCUCAUUCCAAACUGCAAAGGCCAAGACUUGAUUUCAUCAUCCUCUCCUGUGAACUGCUCAUGUGAACUUGGCCAUGGAAAAUGUGCUGAAGAUGGUGAAUGCAGAUGUGACCCUGGAUGGGGAGGGCCAUCCUGUUCAGACUGUGUACGGAUGCCCGGCUGUGUUCACGGCUCCUGUCUUCAGCCAUGGCAGUGCACCUGUGAUGAUGGCUGGACCGGCCGCUUCUGUGACAAAGAUAUUGAUGUGUGCGAAAAGGCAAAGCCAUGUCAAAAUGGGGCAACCUGCUUUUUAAAUAAAGCGGGAGAUUACAGCUGUUUGUGUCCUGAAGGCUUUUAUGGAAAAAACUGUGAACUAAAAACCGGGCCAUGCCACAAAAUCAAGUCCCCAUGCAAGAAUGGUGGCAUAUGUGAGGAUUUGGGAGGCUUUGCACUCAAACUGUCCUGUCGAUGCCUGGCUGGUUUCACAGGGCCUUACUGUGAGACCAACAUAGAUGACUGCUUAAUGAGUCCAUGUGCCAAUGGUGCCACCUGUGUGGAUGGUGUGAAUCGCUUUUCGUGCUUGUGCCCAGCCGGGUUCAUGGGCCGUUUCUGUACAGUCAACCUGGAUGAUUGUGCCAGCCAGCCAUGUCUCAAUGGAGGACGCUGCAUAGACCGUGUUAACAAGUUCCACUGCCUGUGCCCUGCUGGAUACACAGGACAAACUUGUGAGGUUCCUUUGGCAAUAAAGGGGCUCCCAACCCCAGCACCACACAGAAACACAAUUGGCAGUGGUGGAGGAGGAGGUGGGGUAGAUGGUGGUGGUCUUCGAGAAUUACCUCACAUAACCCCUAAAAAACACAAUAUCUACACAUCAGGAAACGUUACGUCCAGCAGAGAUCAGGGCCAUUUCAAGAUUUCUGUAAAGGAAGUAGUGACUCAGAGUGCAGAAUCAGGACUGUCAGAGGAGCAUUUUAUCAUCUUACUGGUACUGGGUGGCAUGACUCUGGCUGUGGUGGUACUAACAGCUGGUCUAGUUCUACGAGGACACUGGCAAAGCAUCUGUGCAUGCAACCGUUGUAAAACACCAGUCUCCAGACAGGAGGACUCAUUCCAGUCAGGCUGCACGCAGCAGCGCCCCCUAGCUUCCACUCAGCAGGACUGCAAGAUCAGCUUUCUGCACUCUUCUGAUGACCCACCCGAGUUUGAGAAAAAGAGACUGAACACAGAGGUCAUAUGA